UUUAGCCAUGUAAUAUAUAACACGUACAAGAUCCUAAUUAAACAAAGGUUUCUACUUAGAAAAUUAAAGGUGUUAAAUUCUUUAAUUGUGAUCGAGUAAUGGCUAAAUUUGUCCCAACCAUCGUCUUGUUUACUGCUCUUACUUGUGCGAUCCUUCUGAUGAGCACGGAAUCCGCAGGCACAUGUAGUAAGGCAAGUAAGAAUUUCAAAGGAGAAUGCAAGGAUAACAAGGAAUGUGCAAGUGUAUGCAAGACUGAGCUAACGGGAGAUCAAGUACUAGGUGGGGUUUGCGAAGAUCGACCCAAGGGGACGAACCAAUCAGUUCUUGAUGAAUGUUUUGUGAAUUUAAACCGAGAAAGUUUAGAAGAAUGCUCAAAAAAAGCGGCAAUAGAUAAUGGUCGUGGGUGUUACUGCGUUGUCAUUUGUUGAUUACAAAAUCUGCCUUAUUGUUAAGGAAAGAAAACUAGACGCGCUUUACUAAAAUAAAAACACCUAAACUCGCUAAGAGUAUUGAUCGUGUUUUAUUGUGUUUCCCUAUUCGGAAAAAAAAAACUAUGUACAUGCGUGACAAAUUUAAAUUCUAUAUAUUUUUUUUAUAUAUUUUACGGACAUCUUUAACUAUAUUUCAUUUUUUAGCAAGUCUUCUUUUGGGCACCCUAUUU